AUGGAGACACUCACAGAACCUAAUGACGCACAAACCAAGCAACUCACAAGUCUGAAGGUUUCACAAAAAGGCAAACAAGUGAUACUAGCCACAACACAGAUAUAUCUGAAGGAUAGCAGUGGUUCUCUCGUACAACUCAGAGCCCUUAUUGACCAAGGCUCAGAAGGGACUUUCAUUACAGAGUCUGCUGUGCAACUGCUGCGCCUGAAGAAGACUUUACAGCCAGCUAAUAUCACCGGUUUAGAGCACCAAUCUUCACAGCCACGACACGUCGUUAACUUAGAGAUUUACUCACCAAUAGACACUCACUAUAUAAUGCAAGUUAACGCUCACGUACUCUCGAAGAUUAAUGGAUGGCUACCCUCAAAGGAGUUUGACAUCUCACAAUGGCCUGCCCUCUCCCAAUUGCAACUAGCGGAUCCUCACAUGCAAUCACCGGGACCUAUUGAUGUUCUACUGGGCGCCGAGGUCUAUGCAUUUAUUUUGCUAGACGGACUACACAAAUACAACGAUGACAAACUUAUAGCACAAAACUCGAAACUCGGAUGGUUUGUCUCUGGAGCAUCAGAAUCACGAAGUAAUCUACCACCUCACAAUAUAGUAGCUCACCACGCACUCGUCGAGGUAGAUCAACUCCUCCGCAAAUUCUGGGAGACUGAAGAGUACAAGCCACAUGAGAAACUGAUGACACAUCUUGAGACACAAUGUGAAGAACACUAUAAAGAAACUCACUCUAGACAAGAAGAUGGUCGUUACGUCGUACGUUUACCGUUUAAAGAUGAUCAUGAGAAGAACUUAGGCAACUCUCGACAAAUCGCACUACAAAGACUGAUGCACAUGGAGAAGAGAUUUGCAAACAAGCCUAAAUUCCAAAAGGAUUAUGCCGACUUCAUUGAUCAGUAUCAGAAGCUGAAUCACUUAGAAGAUGUAGACCCACAACAUAAGCCAACUCACAAAGUCUACCAUCUCCCACAUCAUGCUGUGACAAGAGAGUCCAGCACCACAACCAAGCUUCGCGUGGUCUUUGAUGGAACAGCACAGCCCUCAGAUGGCUCAUCUCUGAACGACGAGUUACUAAUCGGACCACCACUACUGCAAGACUUACGAGAUCUCAUAGUUCGUUGGCGUACUCACAAGAUUUGUUUGCUUGCUGAUGUAAAGCAAAUGUACCGCCAAAUACUCGUCGCUAAAGAAGAUGUAGACUAUCAGCGCAUAUUGUGGCGUGCAUCCCCACAAGAUGAAAUUAUCGAGAAGCGUUUGUUGACUGUGACGUACGGUACAUCAUGUGCUCCGUUCCUCGCUAUUUGCACACUGAAACAGCUUGCACAAGAUGAAAAAGAAAAAUUCCCAGACUUAGUUGAAGUCAUAAGCAACGACUUUUAUAUGGAUGACUUACUCACUGGUGCGAAUGACGUGGAACAAGCCACUAAGUUACAGAGUCAUAUCACACAAGCUAUGGCUAAAGUCUGCAACACCGAUCAACCAAUUGAUGGGUCAGUUACCUGCGUGUCGUGUAACGCCAGAUAA